CCCAGUUUAGUGUAAACAGCUUGGUUUGUAACUUAGCAGCAAAGUUCUCUCUUACGAGCAAUAUAUAUAAAUAUAUAUGAUUAUUUGCUUCUUCACUUGCGCGUUCACUUAACAAUUUCUUUAAUUCUUGCUUACGAUCAAUAUAUACAUAUCACAAUGCAUUCUUCUAUUCUUGCUGCUAUUCUUCUCCUUUGUCUCCUAAGUUUUACUGUUGAAAGUCGAAAACUCCACCGCACAGAUAAUGAAUCUAGCACCAAUGGCACCCAAGGAGUAGUUCUGAUCGCUGGAUGGCAUGGUUACGAAAAGUAUAGACAUCAGGCUGAUGUUCGCCAUGCAUACCAAAUUCCGAAGAGCAGAGGAUUAAAGGAUGAAGCUUUGUCUGCAACAGAAGCUGAUUUUAAAGUUAUAACCGUCAUGAAAGACGGGAGUGGCAAUUUUACAACAGUGACUGAUGCAUUAAACGGCAUCCCAAUGUCAAAUGCAAAUAGAGUAAUUAUUAAAAUAGGUGGAGGUUUGUAUUGGGAGAAAAUCACCAUUGAUAGGUCAAAGAAAAAUAUAACAUUUUAUGGGGACCCAAAUGACAUGCCGAAAAUAAGUUUCAAUGGGACAGCUGCUGACUAUAACGGCACCCUUAAUAGUGCUACAGUAGCAGUAGAGAGUGAUUAUUUUAUGGCUGUGAAUAUUGAAUUUGUGAAUUCAGCUCCAAUGCCGGAUGGAAAAAGAGAGGGUGCACAAGCAGUUGCCAUGAGAAUAUCGGGAGAUAAAGCAACCUUCUACAAUUGCAAAUUUAUAGGCUAUCAGGAUACAUUAUGUGAUGAUAAAGGCAAACAUUUAUUCAAGGACUGCUAUAUCUCUGGCACGGUUGAUUUCAUUUUUGGAAAUGGCCAAUCCAUGUAUUUGAACACUACUUUAAGAUCAGUUUCAAAUAAAACUGGAGUCAUCACAGCACAAGCUAGAAGUAACGAGAAUGAAAAAAGUGGAUUUGUUUUUGUUUAUUGCAAUGUAACCGGCACUAAUGAAACUGAACUUGGUCGCCCGUGGAAAGAGAAAGCUAGGGUGAUUUUCGCUCACACAUAUAUGGAUACUGUUGUUAACAAGGAAGGAUGGUCUGACGGCAUGAAGGCGGGCGAACACAAGUCUCCUUAUUUUGGAGAAUACAAGUGUUGGGGACCUGGAGCUAAUUUAACUGGCCGAGCCAAAUUCGUAAAAAAUCUAACUGAUGAAGAAGCACGUCCCUUUUUGAGCAUGGCGUUCAUUGAUGGAGACAAUUGGAUUGUUCCACCUCCUAUGGUGCCCUAAACCAAAUAAUCAGUAAAAUCAUCACUAAUGUAUCGAUGAUUGUAAUAAUUAUUUGACAAAAUUUUAAGUGCCCUAAAACUUUUGUAUAACAGUAGAUUUGUUUUUGAGUGACAAGAAACUUGCAUAGCUAUAAAUUUGCUCA